AUGAUGGAACAAACCAUCUCUUUUGCCAAGGACUUUCUGGCUGGAGGCAUCACUGCCGCCUUCUCCAAAACGGCCGUGGCCCCAAUUGAGCGAGUCAAGCUGCUGCUGCAGGUGCAACAUGCCAGUAAACAGAUUGCGGCCGACAAGCAGUACAAGGGCAUCGUAGACUGCAUGGUGCGCAUCCCCAGGGAGCAGGGCGUGCUGUCCUUCUGGAGGGGCAAUCUGGCCAACGUCCUCUACUACAUUCCCACUCAAGCCCUCAACUUCGCCUUCAAGGGUAAGUACAAGCAGGUCUUCCUGGGGAAUGUGGACAAGCACACGCAGUUCUGGAGGUAUUUUGCUGGCAACCUGGCCUCCGGCGGGGCAGCAGGAGCCACCUCUCUCUGCUUUGUCUACCCGCUGGACUUUGCCAGAACCCGUCUGGCAGCCGACGUGGGGAAAUCUGUAACUCAGCGGGAGUUCAAAAGCCUGAGAGACUGUCUGAUGAAAACUGUCAAGUCUGACGGCAUCCGGGGCCUCUACCAGGGCUUCAGCGUCUCAGUGCAAGGCAUCUUCUUCUACCGGGCUGCCUACUUCGGCGUGUACGACACCGCCAGAGGCAUGCUUCCCGACCACAUCGUGGUGAACUGGAUGAUCGCCCAGUCUGUGACGGCCGUGGCUGGCACCAUCUGUUACCCCUUCGACACCGUGAAGCGGCGGAUGAUGAUGCAGUCAGGGCGCAGAAAAGCCGAUAUCAUGUACAGGGGGACCAUUGACUGCUGGCUGAAGAUCUUCAAGGAAGAGGGGCCCAAGGCCUUCUUCAAGGGUGCCUGGUCCAACGUCCUCAGGAGCAUGGGCGGUGCCUUUGUGCUGGUCCUUUACGAUGAGCUGAAGAAAGUCAUCUAG